AUGCCCAUGCUUCGAGAACCAUGGAAGAAAUAUCGCAAGUUCAAACCUCUUGACCUGCCGAACCGCCAAUGGCCUUCGAGAACGAUUGAUGCUCCUCCAAGAUGGCUGGCCACGGAUCUAAGAGAUGGAAACCAAAGUCUUGUUGACCCUAUGGAUGGCGAGCAAAAACUGCGCUUCUUCAAGAUGUUGGUUGAAUUGGGUUACAAGGAAAUCGAAGUUUCGUUCCCCUCUGCUUCACAGACCGACUUCGAUUUCACGAGACACUUGGUGGAAACACCCGACCUUGUCCCCGACGACGUGUGGCUACAGGUCUUGUCACCUUGUCGAGAAGACCUGAUCCGGCGUACCGUUGAAUCGCUUAGAGGAGCGAAGAAAGCAAUUCUACAUCUAUACCUCGCAACGAGCGAAUGCUUCAGGAGGAUAGUUUUCGGUAUGACAGAAGAUGAAAGCCUUGCUCUCGCGGUCAAGUGCGCGAAGUUCGCUCGAUCUAUCACCAAAGACGACCCAAGUCAUGCAGGUACGGAAUGGCUUUUCGAGUUCAGCCCUGAAACAUUCUCCGACACCUCUCCGGAAUAUGUCGUCAAGAUAUGUGAGGCUGUCAAGGAGGCCUGGGGUCCGACCGAAGAGUCGAAACUCAUAUUCAACCUGCCGGCGACCGUCGAGAUGGCUACGCCCAACGUCUUCGCCGAUCAGAUCGAAUACUUUUGUACGCACAUGACCGACCGGGAAAAGAUUUGUGUUUCUGUUCACUGUCACAACGACCGGGGUUGUGCAGUGGCUGCCUCGGAACUCUCUCAGAUGGCUGGAGCCGACAGAGUGGAAGGCACAUUGUUUGGGAACGGGGAGCGGACCGGGAAUGUGGAUCUUGUCACUCUAGCCUUGAAUCUUUAUACCCAGGGCAUAUGGCCCAAUGUCGACUUCAGCGACAUCCAAAAAGUCAUUCGAGUCUGCGAGGAAUCGACCAAGAUCCCAGUCAACGAACGAUGGCCAUAUGGCGGGCAGUUGGUUGUUUGUGCCUUCAGCGGGUCACACCAGGACGCCAUCAAAAAAGGGUUCAACGAACGGAAGCAGUUGGGAUCCACACACGAGUCUCGUUGGGAAGUGCCAUAUCUCCCUCUAGAUCCCCAAGAUAUCGGACGUACAUACGAGGCCGUCAUUCGUGUCAAUUCACAAUCCGGAAAAGGCGGGGUUGCCUGGGUUAUCCAGAGAAGCCUCGAACUUGAUCUACCUCGAGGGUUGCAAAUUGCCUUCAGCAAGAUUGUGCAGAAAGAAGCGGACGCGAAGGGCCGAGAAUUGCUCCCACGGGAAAUCCAAGCACUGUUCGAAGAUUCAUAUCAUCUCAAGCGGAACCCGCGGUUUACCCUGGUUGACUACAAUAUUACAGCAGUAAGAGCGGCAUCUCCAGAGCUGCCCAGCAAGUCAUCAGUCGGCCAACCUCCUCAGUCAGUGGCACCGGCUCAGAACACGUCAACGGCGAAACGACAGUUUGCUGGUGUGAUUGCCAUUGACGGCGUUCAGCACCCGGUGGUUGGUGUUGGGAACGGCGCUCUCUCCUCCCUGGCCAAUGCACUCCAUUCCUUGGGUAUCGACCUCGACGUUGCUGAUUACAAGGAACACGCCAUUGGUGAAGGCCGUGACGUGAAAGCCGCUACAUACAUAGAGUGUACGGCAAGCAGCUCUCACGAGAAAGUGUGGGGUGUAGGGAUUCACGAGGACGUGGUGCAAGCGUCCUUGAUUGCAAUGUUGAGCGCUGCCAGCUCAUUCCUCACAUCUCGAGUUUCAACGCCAGUCCCUUUCCGACCUAAACAUCUGCGAGAGUUUUCUGAGGCCGAGUUGGAAGCUCUUGAACGCUUGAAUUUGAACAACACAGACAGUGCCAGCAGCCCGCUGAGGUCAUCUAUCACGCUCGAGCGACCAGCUACGCCCUCCAAAUUGAAUAUGUCAACGGCGGAUGCCGGCAGUGUACCGGCACAAAAAGUAGACAUUGACUUGUUGGAAAAGAAGGCCGAGCUCAAUGGUCACGCCGCUGACCAGGCGUAA